AGGGAGCAGGGUGAAAAGAAAACACAACAGGUUGAUCUGGAUUACCUCAGUGGUCACACCCACCCCGCUUAAUGAACAUAGGAGAACAGGUGUUUGCAAUGCAUUAGCUCAGGGGAGGCAGGAGUUCAAACGUGCCACUUCUCUUCUUCCCCCCGCAGCAGCAGGCAGCUUGGGGCCCACCGCCGGGAUGGAUACCCCUUCCAAGGCAUUCAGCACCAGCUCGCUCUCCUCCGGGGGCGCCUCGGGAAGGAUGAGCAGGGCUAGCUCCAUCUUCGCUGCCGCGGACUGCAAUGGCUGCAGCAGCUCCGGAAGCACAGCCAGCCGAAAUUUCAGCUCCGCCAGCAUCAGCGGAAACAGGCCUUCUGCCUACCCGCCCCUGUCAGUGGACAAGACCCUCUUGACGCCGCUGCACCUGGACAUCGACCCCAGCUUCCAGGCCAUGAAGAACUGGGAGAAGGAGGAAAUCAAGGUCCUCAACAAUCAAUUUGUGGCCUUAAUCAAACAGGUCCAAAGCCUGGAGCUGCAAAACAAGAUGCUGGAGACCAGGUGGGACUUCCUUAAAGAUCAGGACAAUUCCAGCUCUGAGGUGGACAUUAAGUGCAUCUACGAUGAGUACAUGGGCAGAAUGGAACAAGAGAUGAAGUCGAUUGACCAAGAGAAAGAAGAGCUGGAAUCCGAGCUGACAAAGGUGCUGGAUUCAAUGGACGACUUCCGAGCCAAAUACGAAGGUGAAAUGCAAUUGCGCAAUAGCUUGGAGUACACCUUCCUGGAGCUCAAGAAGGAUCUGGAUGCUGGCACCUUGCACAGAACAGAGCUGGAGGUAAAGCUGAAUGGACUUCAAGAGCACAUGGAGUUGAAGAAAUCUGUAUAUGAGCAGGAGCUUCAAGAGCUGCUAGCAGAGGUGAAGGACAUCUCAGUUGUCCUGGGAAUUGAUACCAGAUGCAACCUUGACCUGCACAGCAUUGUGGAGGAAGUGAGGGCUCAGUAUGAAGCCCUGGCUGUUUGGAGCUGGAAGGAGGCAGAAGCACAUAUCUGGAGCAAGCUGAAUGAAGGGGUCCCACGCUCCGCCACGUAUGGGAACCAUCUCUUCAACAGCCGGCGGGAGAUUGCUGACCUGAACAUACAGAUCCAGAAGCUGAGGUCCUGCAUAGUGUCCCUCAAGAGCCAGUGCCUGAGUUUGGAAGAAAGCAUCAAAGAGGCUGGGGAACAGGGUGAGUUUGCUCUCCAGGAUGCCAAAGCCAAGCUGGCCAGUUUGGAGGAAGCCCUGCAGAAGGGCAAAGAGGAUGUGACUCACCUGGUGAAGGAGCAUCAGCUGCUAAUGAACACCAAGCUGGCCCUGGACGUGGAAAUCCUCACCUACAGGAAGCUGGUGGAAGGGGAGGAGAGCAGCAUAGAGUCUCCAGCGCCCACGGUCAUUACCAGCAUCUGCUCCAAACCGAAGUCCGCUGCAACCAGCUUCAGCAGCUCAGCAGCUUCCAAAGCAGAUCCUAGAGGAAGGGGGAAUCCCACAGAGAAGAUGAACCUAAACAGAGGCACGGUGGAGGCCGUCCUCUCCAGAAGCCAGAGCGAUGGCUCAGCCUCCCAGAACACACCGGCCCAAUAUGACGGGGCCCGUCCAAAGCCUCGUUCCCUGUCUAAUGUAGAAGGCCACCUGGAGAAACCCAACCAAGAAAAAUAAAUCCCAGGCACCCUGGCAGCUGCACCUGAAUGGAGACCACCUGAUGCCCAGUCCUAGCGAGCAUCUUCAGCUGGAACUGGGAUUCAACCUCAAGCCCGCCCCUUCCAACCAACACUUGCCAUACAUCAUCCCAGUUUGCACCUCCAUUACCAGUCGGAAAUGGGAGCCUGUAUUGGACAUGACCCCCGCUUCGAACUUGCCAGACUCUCACAUCCAAGCCCUACCAAAUCCCUCCAGAUCUUAGGCCACGUAAAGCUUAACAUGCUUCAAGAUCGUUAUAUGGAAAGCCCUGCAAAAGUGGGAAGCGUCAUCCCACAAGCUUCAAUGAUGCUGAACCAGAAGCCAUCAGGACAGUCCUUUUUACCAGUAUUACAAAGCUGUUCCUCUCUUUCCUUCUUGCUUUAUUUUGUGUGUAGGGGAUUGAGGUUGUUCCUUUCUUCUGGCUUACACGGGCAGCGCGGGGUGUUUUCAGCAAGUCGAUAUUGGGUCACAUACAAACACUUGAAGCCCAGUGGGUUUGCAAGAUCCAGGCUUGUAUCCCACUUAAUGAUAUUUUCCUGUACAUGCUGGUUACCGCAGGAGAAUUUUUGGCUAAUACCAGAAUCCUUAGUAAGAGGUGGAGGUUUUCCUUGUUGCCAGAAGGCAUUGAAUUUUGCUGAUGUUCGGCAAACCACCCUGAGAGCCUGAUUCUAAUCUCAGUAACACCAGAAAAACCUCAUUGACUUCCAAGGCAUUUGGUCAAAUUUCUGAUCUUAAUUACAGUGAGGCAAAGCCAAGAUAACUCUAAUUAUAGGUGUUGCCUCUCAUCAUCCUUACGCUCCCAGAAAGCCAGAGUGACUCCAGUUACUUAGCAUUUGUGUUGUAGCAGCCAGGAUGGUCCAGGGAACAUGGCAGAGGAUAGAUCUGCUUAAUGAUCUUUAUUACUGGACCAACAGCAUACUUGGGAGAGAUGUUAGACAAGCUUUCAGGAACCAAAUGCCCAUCCUUCAGGCUCGGAAAGAAACCUAUACAGCCUGAGCUAAACAAAGGUAGAGCAAUGACUUCUGUUUAGCACUAUUUUGUAAAGCAGAAUGGUUACUCAAAAAAAAAAAAAAGGUGGGGGGUGAAGGUGAAGAGAGCAGUAGGAAAGGCUUCAGAAGUGUCUUCAGAUCAAGCAAGCAGAUCUUAAACCCCCCCAUAUCUUUCUAAAUGCCCAUUUUUGUAUUACCUGUGCUCUCUCUGAUUUUGUGGGGCAUGCAGAGGACUUUAGAAGAGACGUCUGAAUAUUUACACAAGUGCUUUCGGGCAGCGGUUUCCAAGCUGCAGUCCACGGGCGAUGUGCCUGGGCACUGGCAAGGUGUUUUCAGAUUGAAAAGGCAAGGAUCGUGACAUGUAAAGAUUGGAUGCAGGGACUGUGCAGUGAUCCACGAGAAAUGGAGAGGGGUGACAGUGGUCUGUUGGCCUAAAGUGCUUGGCUAUCACUGCCCUAAGGAUGUCCUGUUCCUUGAUGGUUAGGAGGUUCCCAUUGGCUUCCGACCUCUGCAAGCUUAUGGGCAGAAGUCACCCCUGCGCAGAGAGGCAAGAUGCUCAAGAUGCACUUAAGCGAGCAAAAGCAGGACUUCAGGCAAAGCCCUGCCAGAGCAAGACAGGGCUUGCAGACAGGGGACGAUAAGAUCUUGCCUCAGAAAAUUCAUCCUACAGCCUGGUGUAUACACCAUUAACAACUGGGUUCAUUGCUGCUUGUUCUGGGAUAUUUAUUGGUCUUCCUUUAAAUGGAAUAAUCCACAUGACAUUAUGUAUGUGUAUAUAUGGGGUUUUUUUGUCAUAACUUAUAAUGUGGCUUUUAACUUACAGGGCCAGGCCUCCCAGGUCACGUCAAUGAAUAUCACUUCAUUGACAUCAGUGGAAUGGCUCAACUGAUAACAGCGGAGAAUCUGCCUUGAAGUAUAUAGAUAGGUCGAUGGAUUCCUUUUUUUGCACAUAGUACUAUACACCCUGCCUUGCAAUAUUUCUCUAUACCAGGGCCACACUCAGCAUUCAGCUCCAUUCAUGCAGCCCCAUUCAAGUUAACGGGCUCGCACAGAAGUUGAGUUGAUAGAGAGGGCCUCUUUGUGUAGUUCUGUUGAGUAAAACACAGUAUUUCCACAUUUCUGUACAGUAGCUAAUUGCUGUAGCAUCCCUGUAACCAGCAUGUCGGGUCCCCAAUGCUAUGGUUGUUUAAUAAAGUACGGAGUGGGCAUGGAAAGGGAGAA